UUGCUCCUUUCGUUAUUAGAAUGUUACCUGGUUUCAUAUGCGUUCCCCUGUCACCUUGUCCCACUUUGUAUAAAUGCCCUAGGUAUCAGUCAAGAGUAUCACAGGACUACUCGCAAUAUCCAGGCUGAUUUUCAGUCUACUUUUAAAUCCUUUUUGUCGCUCCAUCGCAUAUUCAUAUAUACCCCUUUGCUCGCAGGUUCAUUCUAGCAUCUCCCUUUUGCUCAUUUCCUUCAGUUUCGACUUCUCCUUCAAUCUGAAAUGGCUAUCAUUAGCACCAUUGGAGAUUUGCUUGAAUUCUUCGGAGUCACCUACAGGCAGGUGCUCUUUGGUGGGAUAGUUAUCUACGGGACAACUGUGACGUUCUACAGGCUUUUCCUAUCUCCCCUCAGGUCUAUUCCAGGGAGUUUACUAUCGCACUUGUCGAUCUCACAUAUGAGGAUCAUGACCGCGCUAGGCAAACUGCCGGAUAUGUGCGAGGACGACUACUACAAGUACGGCGAUAUCUUCAUUACAGCACCGGAUAUUGUGACGAUUUCUAACCCGGCAGACUGUCGCAAAGUGUUGAGCUCAUAUACUUUCGUCAAAAACAAGUUUUAUGAGUCACUCCGACUGGUGGACGAAACCUUAUUCACUACUAGUGAUCCUGAUCUCAACAGCACACGGCGGCGCCAGAUUGGGCCUGCCUUCACUCAGGGAGCGCUGCAGAAAAUGGAGCCGACGAUCAUGGAGUGCGGCAUCAUUGCACUUAAGAGGAAGUGGGACAGACUGAUCGGUGAGAAUGGUGGCGUGGCCAAAAUCAACUACAGCCUGGAAUUUCAGUUGGUGACAUAUGAUGUCAUCAGUGUGCUCGGAUAUGGUCAUCGGUUCUCUGCACUGGAGAAGGGUGAGACAACGAUUGUUAACUGGGUCGAGAACUAUAGCUUGCUUGCGCUCUUCAAAGCAGUCAUUCCAUCCGUCACUGAAUUCCCAAUGAGCCUGCUCUGCCGUCCUUUGCUCAAGAGCUACAAGGAGUAUGUUGAUUUCACCGAUGCUACAGCUGAGCACCGUCGCGAACAAAUCCGCCAAGGGCAAAAGGUGCCGAACGAUCUCCUGCAAGCAUUAGUUGACGGCGAAGAUCCCGAAUCGAAGGCAAAGAUGACGCCGUCGCAGGUAACCGCGGAGAAUAUUGAUAUUCUGGCCGCUGCUAUAAACACGACAACACAUACGAUGACUUGGACACUGCAUUAUCUGAUGCUAUAUCCCGAGUGCUAUCGCAAGGCUGUGGACGAAGUACGGUCAGUAUUUGCACCUGACCACCUGAUCGGCUAUUCUGAAGGACGCAGCCAGCUACCAUAUGUCGAGGCAUGCAUCUACGAAUCUAUGCGCAUUCAUGCAGCAACAGGGAUUUUCCUACCACGAGUUGUACCUCCUGGCGGAGUGACAUUCCAGGGCCACUUUAUCCCUGCCGGGUUGAGUGUAGGUGUUAAUAUUGCCGGGAUGAACCACCACCAGAGCCUGUGGAAAGACUCAAAGAGGUUUAUGCCGGAGCGCUUCAUUGAAAACCCGGAUCUGAAACAACAAGUGAUGACGUUCAGUACCGGUGUGCGCAUCUGU